UGAUAUUUUAAUCGAUCAGUUCAAGUAUUUAAGUUAUGCCAAAUGGUUAAUUCAUUCUAUUCAUUUUACAAUUUAGCUCAUCUGUAUUGUACAACUCGUAGACAGAAUCAAGAUGGCGUGUUCAAUACAACGGCCCGUAGUCGAGUUGUUUGUACCAGAAACUCAGAAGGCUGCUGCAAUCAAGGAGGCUUCUGAACUACCAUCUCUUGACAUCACCACACUAGACUUACAGUGGAUCCAGGUGUUAGCAGAGGGAUGGGCCUCUCCUCUCCGUGGCUUCAUGACGGAGAAUCAGUUCUUGACGUGUAUUCAUUUCAAUGUCUUGGGGAGAGACAUCAACCAGUCUAUUGCCAUCGUGUUGCCAGUCUGUACCAAAGACAAGGAGAGGCUUGAUGGAGCUCCAGCUUUCAGUCUGAAGUACAAAGACACCGUAGUGGCAAUCCUGAGGGGGCCUCAGUUCUACCAACAUCGCAAAGAAGAAAGAGUCACUCGCCAGUUUGGAUUGUACUGCCACACUGGCCAUCCAUAUAUCAAGAUCAUCGUCGAGAGUGGGGACUGGCUGGUAGGAGGAGAGUUGGAGGUUUUGGAACGUAUUCGCUGGAACGAUGGCUUAGACAAGUACAGACUCACACCCAACGAGUUGAGGGCGAAAUUCAAGGAGAUUGGAGCUGAUGCUGUAUUCGCCUUCCAGCUGCGCAACCCAAUACACAACGGACAUGCUCUUCUCAUGCAGGAUACUAGGAGGCAAUUGGUGGAGCGAGGUUACAAGAAUCCAGUUCUUCUUCUCCACCCCCUUGGAGGUUGGACAAAGGACGAUGAUGUUCCUCUGCACACCAGGAUAGAGCAACAUGCUGCAGUGUUCAGUGAGGGAAUAUUGGACUCCAAGUCUACUGUGUUGGCUAUCUUCCCAUCUCCCAUGCUGUAUGCUGGACCAACUGAGGUUCAAUGGCAUGCCAAGGCUAGGAUGAACGCUGGAGCCAACUUCUACAUCGUGGGUCGUGACCCAGCUGGUGUUCCUCACCCAGACCCGAGUUUGGACCGGGACCUCUAUGACGGCACCCAUGGGGCUCGGGUGCUCAAAAUGGCACCCUACCUGUCCCAACUAGAGAUCUUACCUCUCAGGGUGGCUGCUUACGACAAGACUAAGAAGAAGAUGGACUUCUACGAUCCUAAUAGGAAAGAUGACUUUGAGAAAAUAUCUGGCACUAAAAUGAGAGCCAUUGCAAGAUCCGGAGGAACUCCUCCUGAAGGAUUCAUGGCACCAUCAGCAUGGAGGGUCUUCUCUAACUAUUACAAAUCUCUGCAAAAAUAAAAUUUUUAAAUCAUU